CUUCUUCUUCUACAAUUAUAGUCACUUUCUUUGGCCGGCGUUAGUGGAAGAGCUCAAACUCUUUUAUAAAAAAACCUCUCCUUCAAUUCAACCAUCUGUCUCUCUCUCUCUCUCUCUCUCUCUCUUCAAACCAAGGAGAAGAUGAAGAAGGGCUCUCUCUUCGUCUUCUUCCUCUUCCUCGCGGCGGUGACUUCAGAUCUAGACUCCGACCGGCGAGCGUUACUCCUCCUCCGCAACAGCGUCCGUGGCCGUCCCUUGCUAUGGAACACGAGCGCCUCCUCUCCUUGCGCCUGGCACGGAGUCCACUGCGAUUCGGGUCGGGUCACCACCCUCCGAUUACCCGGAGCGGGUUUGUUCGGCUCGUUGCCUCUCGGAGGAAUCGGUAAUCUGACUCAGCUCCAGACGCUUUCUCUCCGAUUCAACUCGCUCUCCGGUCCAAUCCCCUCGGAUUUCUCCAACCUCGCUCUCCUCCGUUACUUGUAUCUCCAAGGUAACGCAUUCUCCGGCGAGAUUCCGCCGUUUUUGUUCACGCUUCCAAGCAUUAUCAGAAUCAAUCUCGGGGAGAAUCGAUUCUCGGGUCGGAUCCCGGAUAAUGUUAAUAACGCGACCCGGUUGGUUACGCUUUAUUUAGAGAAGAAUCAGCUCACCGGUUCGAUCCCUGAGAUUACAAUCACUCUUCAGCAAUUUAAUGUCUCUUCUAAUCAGUUAAACGGGUCGGUUCCGGAUUCUCUCUCGGGUUUUCCCCAAUCCGCUUUCGAAGGGAACACUCUCUGUGGGAAGCCGUUAAACCCUUGCGAAGGCGACGCCGAAACCCCUAAUUCGCCGCCGGUUUCUCCGCCGUCUCCGCCGGGGAAGAAAGAUAGCGACAAGCUAUCCGCCGGAGCCAUCGCCGGGAUCGUGAUCGGAUCUGUCGCCGGUCUGUUGCUGCUUCUCUUGAUUAUCUUCUGUCUCUGCAGGAAGAAAAAAGGAGAAGAGAACGGUCAGCCGAGAAACGUCGAAGCUCCCGUCGCCGCCGCGACCUCCGCCGCUGUACACAAGGAAUCAUCGGCGGCUAACGUCCCUCCGGCGAAGGCGUCGGGGAGCGGCGGCGGCGCGGUGAGUAAGGACUUGACGUUUUUCGUGAAGUCUUUCGGGGAAUUCGAUUUGGAUGGGUUGCUGAAGGCUUCGGCUGAGGUUCUUGGGAAAGGGACGGUUGGGUCUUCGUAUAAGGCGAGCUUUGAGCAUGGUUUAGUGGUUGCUGUGAAACGGUUACGAGACGUUGUGGUGCCUGAGAAGGAUUUUAGAGAGAGGUUGCAGGUUUUGGGAUCGAUGAGUCAUCCUAAUCUCGUGACCCUCAUCGCUUAUUACUUCAGUCCCGACGAGAAGCUUCUUGUCUCUGAGUACAUGUCUAGAGGAAGCUUGUCUGCCCUAUUGCACGGGAACAAAGGUAAUGGGAGGGCUCCGUUGAACUGGGAAACUAGAGCUGGUAUAGCAUUGGGAGCUGCAAGAGCGAUUAGUUAUCUCCAUUCGCGUGAUUCGACAACUUCUCAUGGAAACAUCAAGUCUUCGAACAUACUCUUGUCUAAUUCAUAUGAAGCUAAGGUUUCUGAUUACGGUCUAGCGCCUAUCAUUAGCUCCACAUCUGCGCCUAACCGUAUCGAUGGCUACCGUGCCCCUGAAGUCACUGAUGCGCGCAAAAUCUCUCAAAAAGCUGAUGUUUACAGCUUCGGUGUGCUUAUCCUUGAACUACUCACAGGGAAGUCUCCAACACAUCAGCAAUUAACCGAAGAAGGUGUAGAUUUGCCAAGAUGGGUCCAAUCCAUUACUGAUCAACAAUCACCAUCUCAAGUGUUUGAUCCGGAGCUCGCCGGGCACCAAUCAGAGGGCAAUGAGAACAUGAUCCGUCUCUUGAAGAUUGGUAUAAGUUGUACAGCGCAGUACCCUGAUAGUCGUCCUUCCAUGGCCGAUGUUACCAGACUCAUCGAGGAGGUUUCGCAUUCAUCUGGCUCCCCAAAUCCUAUAUCUGGCUGAGUUUUGCUGGUGGGGGUCUUAAUUGGUUGAUUUCAAAAUUGUUUGCGGCUAAAACUGCAUUUUCUUGAAUAGUUCAUACGUCCUCCCCGCCUUUUUUUCUUUGUUUGUUCGUGUCUUACUUUUGUUCGUCAAUUCUUGAGCCUCAAAUUGAGAUGACACUUUGAUGAUUU